AUGCCAUUAUAUCACAAAGGUAUAGCGGGCCCAUUGGAGACCACCCGCGUUGGUUCAGUGGCGCGUGAAAGAAACGAUGCAAAGCACGGCUGGAAGACAAAGCGGAGCGACUCGAACUGGGCUAACUUUGGGGUCGCCUACCUGUCAUUAAACGCAGAAAGCCCUUUGGCUGUGUCGACACUCGUCUGCCGAGCUCGUUGGCGCCCGCCGCUCGCGAUUGAUGCGGCUUUGCUUGAUAAGGUGCGCGCGUUGGAGUUUGUCAAACCGAGGGCGGAUGGCGAGACUAUCGUCGAUGGGUCGUGA